CGGAAGUGGGCGGGGCCACGUAGGGGCGCGUGCUCGAAGGAAAGGGGAAAUUACGCGAGAGCAGGAAACGUCGAAGCCUGUCGCCGCCUAAUUCCGCUGGGCAGCGCGGGAACUUGGACGAAGCUUGAGGGCAGUCUUCUGAUUGUUCUGUGAGGCUCAGUUUAAGUGGGUUUGUAGAAUCCAGGUGGUCGUUUGUUUGUUGAUAAUUGCAGUUUUUGCUGUAUUGGUGAAAUAAAGAAGAUAUGUUCACAGCAUUAAAAUAUCACUCGGUGGACUAUUCACAUGAGAAUUUGAUUAGAAAGAAAUCAAGCAUUAGAUCAUUAUUACUUCAUAUUCCUUCAUAUUUACAUCCUGAUGAGAAUAAUUGUCAUGCUGGAGCUGUUGAUGAAAAAUUAAGGAAGCCAUGGACAAGUGUCUCAAUUCCCAUAUCUCUACAAAUGAAGGAUUUCUCAGUUUUGGAUGAGUGGAAGACAGUUGUUUCUGUGGAGGAUGUUCCUGAAAAGAAGACAGUUUCAUACAAUAUGCCUCAUAUUUAUGACUUUGAAGAAGUUGUUCCAAGUUCGAAUCCAUCCUCUCAAACUGACAUAGAGAAGAGCUUUUUAUUUACUCCAAAUGAAGUCUUUCACCGUGUCACUUAUUCUGAGACUUGCCCAGCACUUCAAACAACCAAUCAAAAUUUAUAUAUUGAUGAUGAAAUAAUUUUUAUAAAUAGUUUGGCGGAAUAUAAAAAGCAGUUACCUACAGUGUCUACCCUCUUGAGUAGACUAAAAGUGUUUUUAUUAAAAGAUCCUUGUUUAGAUUUCAAAGAACAACAGAUGCUCAUGGAAGCUGAUCAUUUCAGAUCACGUAUCCAUUUUGACGUUAUUUUGAAAGAAGAAUUAUAUAUGAUUAAGGAGCUAUUCAAAGAUGAAAAACAAUUCAUUUUGCAAGUUAAAUCUGAAUUAUUGAAACCUGUUAGCCUGCAAGAAAGAACAGAUAUACAAACAAUCUCAGAACUUAAGAAGUCUCUAAAAUCAGCUCCAGAAAUAAUCGGUCAUGUAAUUGAAAAUGAAAAGCUCUUUGAAAGAGAGGACUUGGAAAUGCCUUUAAAUCCUCCAUAUCCAAUAACCCAACGUAUCCUCGUAAAUCCGAUACAUGCCGGACUUCAAACAGAUCAACUUGCUCCUGUUUAUAAAAUGAAAUUUACUCCAGCAGAAAGUUGCACUAAGAAAUGCAGGGUGGAACCAUGGUCAAAAAAGUAUCAAAGUUCCCUGGACUCUUGUUUACUUACAGUGCCACAAACUGAAGAGCCUGUAAUUCACUAUUCAAUUAGAGAUUUGAAAAGAAUGUUUUCUGUUGAGGUAGAAAUUCUUAUGCUUGACUCUUUAAAAGAAAAAUGGUGGAAACAAGGACUGAACAUGAUAAAAAUAGAUACCUUGGAACAUCUUAUUCCAGAUUUGUGUCAUCACAACCUACUUCAAACUCAAAUGGAGAUAUUGCCUAUAAAACCAGUUCAGCUAGAGUGGUAUCUUGAAAAAGAAAGUGAUACUGUUGUUCAACUCAAAAGCUCUCCUUGUAUGCUUUCUAAAGAGAAUCCUGCAGAUGAUAAUUUCUCACUUGUUCCAAAGAGUCCUUCAAAAAGCAUAUCACAUAUCUGUAUUUCUGAUAUGUGUAUAUCUGUUGAAAAACCAACAGGAGAAGAAAAAACAAGGAAUAAACCAGAACUAGUUUCUAUAACAGUCAGAGAGGGAGAAAGAAAAGAAGCUUUUGAAUCACUACACUACAAAACAUUAACCACUGAGGCAUACACCCCAUCAGAAAAUCAUACUGAAUCUUUUGAAUCUGGUAGAAAAUGUGAGGAUGAUUUGGAUCCUUUGAGCAACUUUAUCAUUCUGAGAAAAAAACAUAUGACCAUCCUGUCAGAACCUGAAGUUAUUGUGGAUGAGGGCCACAAAGAAGGGUAUCUUAAACAAGAAAGUGAUACUGUUGUUCAACUCAAAAGCUCUCCUCCUUGUAUGACUUCUAAAGAGAAUUCUGCAGAUGAUAAUUUCUUACUUGUUUCAAAGAGUCCUUCAAAAAGUAUACUACAUAUUUGUCUUUCUGAUAUGUGUACAUCUGUCGAAAAAACAACAAGAGAAGAAAAAACAAGUAGUAAAACAGAAGAACUAGUUUCUAUAACAGUUGGAGAGGGAGAAAGAAAAGAUACUUUUGAAUCACUAGACUACAAAACAUUAACCACUGAGGCAUACACCCCAUCAGUAAAUCAUACUGAAUCUUUUGAAUCUGGUAGAAAAUGUGAGGAUGAUUUGGAUCCUUUGAGCAACUUUAUCAUUCUGAGAAAAAAACAUAUGACCAUCCUAUCAGAACCUGAAGUUAUUGUGGAUGAGGGCCACAAAGAAGGGUAUCUUGAUCAAAAAAGUGAUACUGUUGUUCAACUCAAAAGGUCUCCUUGUAUGGCUUCUAAAGAGAAACCUGCAGAUGAUAAUUUCUUACUUGUUCCAAAGAGUCCUUUAAAAAGUGAACCACAUAUCUGUCUUUCUGAUAUGUGUACAUCUGUGGAAAAGCCAACAAGAGAAGAAAAAAUAAGGAGCAAAACAGAAGAAUGCGUUUCUAUAACAAUUGGAGAGGGAGAAAGAAAAGAUACUUUUGAAUCACUAGACUACAAAACAUUAACCAUUGAACCAUACACCCCAUCAGUAAAUCAUACUGAAUCUUUUGAACCUAGUAGAAAAUGUGAGGAUGAUUUAGAUCCUUUGAGCAACUUUAUCAUUCUGAGAAAAAACCAUAUGACAAUUCUGUCAGAACCUGAAGUUAUUGUGGAUGAGGGCCACAAAGAAGGGUAUCUUGAUCAAAAAAGCGAUACUGUUGUUCACCUCCAAAGCUCUCCUUCUUAUAUGACUUCUAAAGAGAAAUCUUCAGAUGAUAAUUUCUCACUUGUUCCAGAGAGUCCUUCAAAAAGUGUACCACAUAUCUGUCUUUCUGAUAUGUGUACAUCUGUUGAAAAACCAACAAGAGAAGAAAAACCAAGGAGUAAAACAGAAGAAUUAGUUUCUAUAACAGUUGAAGAGGGAGGGAAAAAAGAUACUUAUGGAUCACUAGACUAUAAAACAUUAACCAUUGAACCAUACACCCCAUCAGUAAAUCAUACUGAAUCUUUUAAACCUGGUAGAAAAUGUGAGGAUGAUUUGGAUCCUUUGAGCAACUUUAUCAUUCUGAGAAAAAAACAUAUGACCAUCCUGUCAGAACCUGAAGUUAUUGUGGAUGAGGGCCACAAAGAAGGGCAUCUUGAACAAGAAAGUGAUACUGUUGUUCAAUUCAAAAGCUCUCCUCCUUGUAUGACUUCUAAAGAGAAUUCUGCAGAUGAUAAUUUCUUACUUGUUUCAAAGAGUCCUUCAAAAAAUGUACCACAUAUCUGUCUUUCUGAUAUGUGUACAUCAGUUGAAAAACCAACAAGAGAAGAAAAACCAAGGAGUAAAACAGAAGAAUUAGUUUCUAUAACAGUUGAAGAGGGAGGGAAAAAAGAUACUUAUGGAUCACUAGAUUACAAAUCAUUAAUAAUUGAACCAUACAACUCAUCAGUAAAUCAUACUGAAUUUUUUGAACCUAGUAGAAAGUGUGAGGAUGAUUUGGAUUCUUUGAGCAACUUUAUUAUUCUGAGGAAAAACCAUAUGACCAUCCUGUCAGAACCUGACGUUACUAUGGAUGAGAGUCACAAAGAAGGGUAUCUUGAACAAGAAAGUGAUACUGUUGUUCAACUCAAAAGCUCUCCUCCUUGUAUGACUUCUAAGGAGAAUUCUGCAGAAUCCAAAAUGAAAAACAAAGAGGAAUAUACUUUGAUUCUCGAAGAAGAAAGUCUUGAUGUUUGUGGAGAGCUAUCCUCUAAAAAGAAUCAAGAAAAGGAAAUAAAUGAUGUCAUUGAAAUUCAAGCAACAGACAGCCAAUGCCAAGCAUAUAACCUUUUAGAAGCAGUUGCGACCCCUUUAUUAAAAGAACUUGCUUGCCAUGAUAGUCUUCCUGCAUCAAACUGGAAAUUUGCCACUCUUGGCUUUGACCAAACUAGAUUUUUCUUAAAGCAACAAGAAAAAAUAAUAAAUGAUGUUUUUCUUCAAGGUAGAAAUGAUGAAAGCGAAGUAAUGUUCAAACAGGCAGCACUGGUCCAUCUUUUGGUAACAAUUCGAGAUAUUCUCUUAAUGUGUACCUUGGACAUAGCAUUGGGAUAUUUACUGAAAGCAAAAGAUGUCUACAAAAGUAUAUUAGGUUCCUGUUUGGAUAAUAUUGGGAGACAGCUUGAGAUUGUACAAUUUAUCAGGAAGAAAAAGCCUGAAACCAACUACAAAGAACAAGAAUUAUAUUGCCAAAUGUUACAUUUGGUACAAACAAACAGUACAGAAGAGCAGCAAUUUAAGAUGUUAAUUAUAACAAGAAUGGACUCAGAUGAUGAACAUUGUUUCCUUGCUGAAAUACUUAGCAAAAUAAAAGGUUUAGAAUGUAUUUCUUUAUCUCCUGAAAAAAGAAAAGUUUUACUGGAAUCCAAAGAUGUUUUAAAUAGCCUCAAGAAGUGUUCCUGUGUGAUUAUACAUAAUCGAUAUAUUGGACCUGAUUUCCCCUGGACUCAGUUCUCAUUCAUGAUAGAAUAUAAUUAUGUAGAAAACUCUUGCUGGACUGAACAUUGUAAACAAUUGGAUAUUCCUUACCUGGCCUUUAAAACAGUUCUCCCAGAAGGAGCUUUUAAAGAAAGUGCCUCACUGGACAGAUUUGGUGGUUUUCUUUUGGAAAUUCAAAUCCCAUAUGUGUUUCUCACAUCUGAAGGAAUUCUUAACACACCAGAAAUACUUCAGCUACUAGAAUCAAACUACAAUAUAACUGUAGUGGAAAGAUGUUGCAGUGAGUCCUUACAGCAGUUUGGGGAUACAGAUCGUUAUGUGGUAGUAACAAUUGAUGAGUGCACAGCCGUAAUUAUUCAGAGUCUGGAAGAGCUGAAUUGUGAAAAGGCAUCAGAUAACUUCAUUUUGAAAUUGAUAGCAUUAUCAAUUCAAUAUAGCUAUUGUUGGAUCAUUUUAUACUCCAAGGAAAGACUGAAUUCAGAGUACUGCCUUAAAGGAAAAACGCUUCAUCACCUAGCACUGAUCUAUGCAGCUUUGGUUCCAUUUGGGUCGAAAUCUGAAGAAUUGGAAGUGAAGCUUGUUAUUAUGCCAGGAGUAGAAGAAACUGCACAGCUAAUUCGCCAAAUUGCUGACCACGUCUUGAUGUCCUCUAAGAGAGAGCCUCAUGAAUGGCUGGACAAAUCUUGGCUUUCAAUCUCACCAUCUGAAGAUGAAAUGUGUUUACUUGAUUUUCCAUGUAUCAAUCCCUUGGUGGCUCAGCUUAUGUUAAACAAAGGCCCUUCACUGCCUUGGCUGCUAUCUGCAACUUUUGAUCAACUUCAAGGACUUUUACCUGAAGUUCCCUCCAAAGUGUUAAAGCACUUUGUUGAGAUUACUUCUUUGUUCAAGAUUGACUCAUCCCUCACAAAGUCACCUUUAAUUUCAUCAUCUCAAGAAAAUGUAUAUCAACCUGGCACCAUCUCUUCUCAGUGUUCAACCUCAAGUUCUCCAGCAUUCAUCAUUCAAGGACAGGAUGAGUAUUAUUGUUAUCCAGAAUUAUAUGAAAAAGUUCCUAAAGAUGCAAGUCCCUCUUCAAGUUGUACCACUUCUCUCAUAGGCCUAAGUGAAAUGGAUUGUAUUUUACCAUCUUCAAAAUCUUGUGAACAGAUGAACUACUGGGAAAAUUCCAAUUUGAACCCAAAGCAACUACAAAAUACUGAUUUUUUUAAUAACAUAGAAUCCAGAAGAAUAUCUGGUACUUCCUUCCCAAGACAGGAUGAUUCAGACCCAGAUGAUGUCUUUUCUGCAGUACUAGCUCAAAUAAAUUAUGAAGCAAGAAUGACUGAGAGUGUUGCUAACUCUGAUUGCAUAAACUACAAGGAACAAAACAUGCAUACAACAAAAGGAAAAAUAAGAAAAGAAUUGGAUUCCCCCAUCUUUUUACUAGGGAAUUCUGGGUAUCCUGCAACCCAGAAUUUUAAGAGCAAUAUAUUAAAAUCACAAAUCCAUCCUCCCAAAUUGCAGUACUGUAGAGAACAAAGUUCAUAUGAUGCAUGGCUCUUUAAAAAAGAUAAUUUAAAUACAGCCUCUACCUCCUUUAUGUUUCAACAAAAUUAUCAAUCUGGUGAAUUAAAAGAUUUCAUAUAUGACAGGCUAGAUGCUCAGACAGAUAAGGCUUCCUGGAAAGAAUUAUCAGCUUUCUCCAGUGUGAAUUCAUUUGCACAUAAUUGCAGUACCUAUAAUUUAAAUGCAACUUCAGAAAAAUUCAAUAAUCUGUUUGUCCAGCAAACAUCUGGGAGAUAUUCAGGACAGAAGAGAACUUCAUUGAAUUUAGCAGAGAAUAAAACAUUAACAGAUUUGAUAUAUUCACAGAGACCCCAAAUCAAAAGAAGGCGUCUUAUGUGUGAAAAAGUCCCUGGAAGAAUCGAUGGCCAAACACGCCUUAAGUUCUUUUGAAGAAACAUGGGGCCAGUUUCUACAUUGUGAAGAGUUUUGGAAUAUAAUUCUGUGUGAAGGAAGCACUAUUCAAAUGUCAAUAUGAUUUAAGAAAAGGUUUUUCUCUGUAUUCUCAAUGUUUUAAUGAAAUUAAAUUUCCAAGAAAUAUAUAUCACCAUCUCCUAUAAUUUACAUUUUGUUAAAUAAUUAUUUAUAUUUAUCAAUUACAUUAGUAACUCUCACAAGCUUCAAAGUAAGUUUCCAGAAUUCAAGUAAUUUUAGAGAAUAAAUUUAUUCAUUAUCCAAAACUUUAUGCCUCUGACAUGGAGUAAAGAAAGUGAAGCCCAGUGUAAAAGGUAAAAUAAAAAAGAAGUUUAAAAAAAAAGUAAGUAAAAAAGAAAGACCAGAGCCAUCCCUCUAGAGAUAAGGAAAUGACUAAAACUUGACUGGAAAGUUUUUAAUUUAAUUUUAACAUUUUUAAUCUGCAACUUUAUAAUGGCUCCUACUAAAAGCAUACAAUAAGAAAAAUCCUGUGAUUCCUAAUAAUAGUUUUUGAAAUAAUCUUUUCUAAUAGGUGCUGCUUCCCAGGCAUUUCCUUUCCAAGUUUCAGGCAAAAUACAAUGUUGCCCCAGUUCUUUGUGUUCUUGCUUUAUCUCAAAUGAGAUAACAUAUGCAAAGUUCUGUGCAAAACUUAAAGCAGUAUGUAAAUGUUAGCUAUCCCAAAGAUCUCAGAAAGUUGGUCACAACUUUUAGGAUUUUGGACAAUGCUGGAAAAAGGUAAGGACUUAUGAAAUGGUGAUGAAACUUGUAAGGUCUGAAGAACUGGAAUUAUUAGGAUUUACACUUUUCCCCAGUUUUAAAAGAUUGUUCCUUAGUAAAUCUACUGUUUCAUGGGUCUCUAGCAUAAGAUAUGAUAUUAGAAUUAGAAUUCCUCAUAACAGUUUAGAAUAGCUUAAAAAAUACUUUUUUAUCCAAGCAUUUGAAGAUGUCUCAUAGUUUCUGGGUUACUAAAAUACCAUAAAUUGAUAGGUCCUCAUAAUUAUACAAAAUAAUCCCCUUCUGCAAUGUAUUUUGGGUGUGCGGUUUGCUUAGAAUUUCCACUUUUGCAAAGCAUCAAUUUGCCCUAUGGCCUGCAAUUUUGGAUGAUUCAAUUAUGAGGACCAAAAUAUCAAAUACAAGUAACUAAAUUAAAUUAAACAACAGAUGUUGCUAACAAUUAUCCUUUUCAUAAAAUGAGCCUUGUUGAUAUGAUAUGCCAACGAUAACUGAGUAGGAUAACAGAACACUCCUGGAAAAUAAUAAUUUAAUUAUUUCUUGAACAAAGAUAAUGCCAUUCCUCCUUACCAAGAUUUCUAAUACUGAAUAUUUUUCUUGACAAUAUUAUUAAAACAAAGUUCAAAUAUAUUUAAAAAUGUGAGGAAAAUCAAGAAGGCUUGUGUUUUGCCUUGCAAAAUUAUAACACAAUCAGCUUUCUUUUUCUCAUUUA